AAUAAUCUGAUUUUCCUUGCCUUAUGAAUCUUUUAUAAAGGCAAACCUAGUAAAGCGUUACCCUAACUGGAUGCCUCAUCCGCUCACUAAAUUGGAGCUAUAAUCAGCUCAACAAGUCACUGAGCAGCAACAUACAGACACAACCAACCAUCAGUAUCCCUCUAUCUUCGAGAGAUCAGCAACAGAAAUUGGAAUGGUCAGCUGGUGACCAUGUUUGCUUUCCUAUCUCGCAGAGGUGCCUCGCGUGGCAUACAGGCUCUGCGUCGGUUGGAAGCAUCCACACUUGCUCAGCCAAGCCAAAAAUUUAGAUGGCAGUGCUGCCGCAGCUUAUCAAAGACUGCCCGGUUAUACAGUCAACAAGAACCUUCACUUUCUGCACAGGCGGAUACCAGACAAUGGUCGACACCUUUGGCAGAGCAGCUAGCUGCGGCCAUUUCGACCACUGGACCCAUCCCACUUGCCAGCUUUAUGCGUAUGUGUCUGACUGCAGACAUUGGUGGCUACUACACUGGUGCCAUUGAGCAAGGCAGAGACCAGUUUGGCCUCAAGGGUGACUUUGUGACCUCACCAGAAGUCUCUCAGGUGUUUGGUGAGCUCAUUGCCAUUUGGUUUGUCGCAGAAUGGAUGUCUCAGGGUCGCCCUUCACGUGGAGUCGAGCUCAUGGAAUUAGGGCCAGGAAGGGGGACUUUGAUGAGUGACGUUCUCCGGACAAUCAAAAGAUUUGGCGACAUGUCUAACAGCCUCGAUGCCAUAUACAUGGUCGAGGCAAGCCCCGAGUUACGGAAAGCUCAGAAGAAACUGUUGUGUGGCGAAGAUGCUCCCCUGACGGAGUCUGAAAUAGGCUAUCACAGCAUCUGCAAACAAACACAGCUACCAAUCGUAUGGACCGAGACUGUUCAGUCAAUCCCCAAGAACCCUGAUAAGACACCAUUUAUUGUUGCCCAUGAAUUCUUUGACGCGCUGCCAAUACACACCUUCAUGAAUGUGCCAGUCCCGUCUGAGAAGUCGACUGGAACAACAAACUCCAGCUCAGCCCCGGAAACAACUCUCAAGUCAACUCUGGAAUGGCGUGAGCUCGUUGUGUCACCAACGCCUCCAGGAUCGACCCACGAGAGUCUCAACACACCUGCCACGCAACGGAGGGAUACACCACCACCAGACUUUCAGCUAACGCUCUCACCUUUGGCGACUCGGCACUCACGGUACCUCCCAGACUCAUCGCCACGCUACCGAGCCCUGAAGAAAGUUGCAGACGCACAGAUCGAGGUGUGCCCAGAUGCAUCCCUAUACGCAAGUGACAUUGCAACACGGAUCGGUGGCUCGGCUCAAAAUCCCAAGCCAAGACCAAGUGGUGCAGGCUUGAUUCUCGACUAUGGUCCAGGUGAUGGCACGAUCCCGGUCAACUCUCUCCGGGGAAUUCGUCGCCACCAGCGUGUCAGCCCCUUUGUUGAGCCUGGUCUCACUGAUCUGAGCGCCGAUGUCGACUUUGCUGCUGUGGCCGAGGCCGCCAUGCGUGCCAGUGAAGGCGUGGAGGUUCACGGCCCUGUUCCACAGGGGUACUUCCUCGAGGCUAUGGGCAUCAAACAGAGAGCUGAUAACCUGAUCAAGAACUGCAAAGAGCCAUCAAAGGCUGCCGAUGUCGAUCGCGCUUGGAAGAGACUUGUAGAUCGGGGACCAAAUGGCAUGGGCAAAAUCUAUCAGGCCCUGGCUAUCUUGCCAGAAAACGAUGGCAAGCGUCGUCCAGUCGGAUUCGGUGGUGACGUUGGAGAAUAAGGACUACUGUAUCAAUUUCCUUGCAUAUUUUUGUACAUCUCCUGUAUGAAUAUGGUUUAUGGCACGAUAUCCAUCCGACACAAAACCUCUCUUAGACGCCUAGCUGAUUUCCCCUGACGAUGCUGACACAGUUUCCACCUUGUUUAGACUCUAUAUCGAAGCAACUUGGAGAAUGUCAGGAGCGUCAUUGUGCAGUUGGCGGAGACAUA